AUGGCCGACUUUGACGAGUCCGACAUCCCCAAGGAGGUCCCCGCCUCCGAGGACUACGCGGCCGAGCCCGAGAACGUGAUUCGGGGGCACAAGGCCACCAUUUCCAAUCCCCGGGUCUCUGACCAGGCAAAGGAACGGUCCCGCAAGGUCCUGGAGCAGUACGACGAGCCCUACGACGAGUCCUCUGCCAGUCACGGCACCACGGAGCAGAACCAGCAGAAGGACCCUGGAAAUGUUGCCCGCGGGCUCAAGGCUAGUAUCAGCAACCCUGGUGUGUCGGAGGAGGCGAAGGAGAAGGCGAAGGAGAAAUUGAAGGGGCUCGGGCAGUAG